ACUUGUCACUUCUUUGAAACAAAAAAAACACAAAAUAAUAUGAUCCCUUUUCUACUUAUGGUUCUUGCUAAGAUCUACCAGCCAUGCUUAGGAAGAGAAUAUUAUAGCACUACGGAGGAGUUGUUGAUUGACGUCAAUGGACAUCGCAGAGAUUGGUUAGUCCCAGAGUUUAUGUGGUCCCUAAAUCUCUCCGAAGGGGCUGAAAAAUAUGCACUCGAGUUGGCUGAGCGGAAAUUUCCAGAUCGAACGUUAUAUGAAGAGGUCCAGGUGGGGGAUGGUAUUGUGGAUCAAUUGGACUUUCCCCUAUCGGAUCCAGAUAAAACCAUGUAUUCAGAAAGUAUUUGCGAAUUUGUAAAAAAUAAGUGUAUUAAGUUCUGGUCUGUUGAAGGGGCAAAAUGCUAUGGUAUACCAAAAGAAGAUAGAACCGCACAUGAACAAUCAUUGGCCGAAAAAUUUUCAGCACUGACUUGGAAGUCAUCCUUGGAAAUGGGUUUUGGUUGGGCACUUAAAGAUCCAUCUAACGAAAACGGAAGAAAGAUAUUGGUAAUCAGGUAUUCUCCUCCUGGAAAUAUUCCUGGAGAAUACGACAAAAACAUUCAAAACACAGAAUUUAUAGACUAUUAUACUUUGGAUCCAAUAGAUGAGCCCGGAGUAGAGAUACCUCAUAUGAAAUCAGGAUGGUCACGUGAUGGUGCAUUAGGAAAGCACAUUUAUAUGAUUUCAUUUGUCCUUAUAAUCUUUUUUAUUUGA